AGCAGUUUACUUCCUUGCUCUCCGUGGCCGUCAUUCUAGACGUAUAUUCACCGUACGGUGUACGGCAUUCACAUCUCGCUGUGUCAUCAAGGCCUCUACAUGCUAACUCGACACUUUUCAACAACAUGGGCGACAUCUUCUGCGACAAGCGCACCCGAUCUCAGCUUACUCUCCCCGACGACAUCUACCAGCAUCUCCCCUUGAGCCGUUCACCAUUGAAGGACGCGCGUACGGCACUGAGAAAUCAGUCGGAGCCUCCUAUACCGUCUUGGCUGAACGAGGGUGCCGAGGACGAGUCUGAGGACGAGAUUCUGCUUUCCCCGACUAAAGCCAAGAGUGUCAAGAGGUCGGCUUCACCGUCGCGAGACACCCACCACUCAUCCAACAUCGCGUCAUUCCCCGACUUUCCCGCCCUCAAGCGUCCUCGGAGGGAUGAUGGUGUUGUAGGAAAUAGCGACAGCGAGAAUGUCAACAUGCCAUCUUCUCCAAACCGGCACUUUGCCCAGCUCAAUCUUGACUCUCCCAAGCGUGUCGGCGACGGAUCACCAAGUAAGGAAGGCCUUACACCCCGUAGAGCACACUCUGUGCCACCAAUGUUUCCCAGCAUUGACCUCCGGAAUCCACCCAGUUCUCCCAACAAACCUCGUUCACCCAGAAAAGUGACACCAAUGCUAAAGUUCACAAUCCUGGUACAACCUACGAAGAUGGAGUCUAUUCCGGAUGAAGAAACUCAGCAGGAGGAUGGUGGGCAAGGCGUAUUAUUAUCUCUGAAUCCUGCUGAACAGGCAAAAAUUGCAGGAGAAGUGGCAGAGUCGUCACAGUUCAAAGAGGACCCAGCCAACAGUUUGGUAGUGAACACGCACAAGACGCCUGCCCGAAUGAGGCUCACCCCGGGACCGCUGUCUCCCCUGACGCCGCUACCAGAGACACCUAUUUUACCACCACAGCUGCAUGGCAACCUGGAGGACAGGAUGCCCAAUGCGUCGAGUUCGGGAUUUGAGAAAAAUAGUAACGUGAGUAACAACACGAACGUCCAUCCUGAACCCACGCCUACCUCGCAUCCCCCUCUCGAGACUGGUGUUUGUCAAGGUUGUCUCCCACGGUCGUCCAACGCGUCAGAGAAUGCUUUGGACCCCUCCAUGCCUAUUCCGGGUCCAUCUCACGCCUCGUCAUCAAUGCCUCCUCUCGUGCAAGAUCCAACAUCUAGCGCGCAUGUGAAAUCCCAUGCCCCAGUCGUUCCUCGGAAAAAGAGCGCAUUUGACAUCAUAAUGAACGCUUCUCAAUCCACUACUGUCAAAGGAAAGGGAAAGGCGCCUGCAUCCUCAGCGGCCCCCUCUGCAUCGAAGAGUAUUGGCAAAAGCAAGAACACGGAGCAGCCUGUACCCAAACAGUCGUUGAAGAGUAGGAUGAGGCCCAAGGAAGUACCCCAGCCACGACGUGAAGCCAUUCCCGACACUGAUAUUCGGGCUGACGGUGAAGGCAAGGCAGGUCCCUCAGGAAGCAGACCUUCUUUGCCGAUGGUUGAGCGUGCUGCAGAACCUCAUGCAGAAACCGAAGGAGCAACAAAUUCAGACCUUGAGAGUUUGUUCGACGAGACCAAGGCUGCAAGUAAUCCUGAGGCUGAUGCCGUCGUUAAAGACCCUACGUCGAAGUCUGCUAAUCCCGAGGAUCCCCCGCCUACGGCGGUCUCAGACGAACGGCGGAUUGCUGUAGAGAUGCCAAGGCCUUCAAGGCUCGCUGUGCCAAAGAAACGGGCGCGAACUCAAGCUUCUUCAAUCCCUCGAGUUACACGGAGUUCUUCUCUGAAGAAGAAAGAACAAGAUGCCGAAAGAGCAAGUCAAGACCCACGGGUGCGCAAGAAAUCAUUACUUGGUCCUAAGACCUCUCCCAAAUCCCCUUCAAAGUCUGCCCAUACGUCCGUUCCUGCAGAACCUGCAAAUCGUGAACGUUCCUCUUCACCUCUCACUGAUCCACCGUCAGAUUCUGCCGCGGAGUCAUCAGCCCAGCCCGUCACAGAUGCAACUGAUGUUCCUAAAACCCCACGGCCUUCAAAUAAUUUUGCGAGACCCACUCUGUCCAGUCUAGCAAAAACGCCAGCCAAAGCCGCUAUGAACCUUUCUCCAACGAAGUUGGGAAGAUCAGCGUCCAUGUUCGCGCGGCCUAUUGGAGGUUUAAUGCCGUCGAAACCAACUAAUGGAUCCGCUCUUUCGAAUUUAUCCUCGGCGCUUGACAAACUUGCCUGGGCCUCUACAAGUUCUCAUCGUACGCAUACAUUGUCCCGUUCCAGCACUUUUGGUUCUGCAGAAAUGAGCGUGGCAAGCUCAAGCAAGAGCACGACCGCAUCGUUAUCGUCGUCCAAGCCAACACUCGCGCAACGAUCCGUCACCGAUUUCUUCAAGAAAGAUGCUCUACCGAGGCCCGGUCGGCUCAUGUCAGGUACGGGCGGUGUUCACAGGGGGAGACCCGGUAUCUUUCCGUACAGAACAGCUCCAAAAGUCAGCCAAAAGACGCCCUUACCCGUUGUUCCGGCCAGCCCUGUGAAAGGGAGUGGCGAUUUAGAUGGCGACCUGAUGAAUCAGAUGAUCGGCAUUGAACAGACAAGUGGCAGUGCCAAAUCUAUGUGGGAGUCGAAGGUCGUUGCAUCGACGCCUGAGGCGAUGGAAUUGUCCGAGUUGGUUGGUGCACACUUGGUUAAGGGUAAACGGAAAGCUGUAGAUGAGACAGACGGUUGGAGUAAGAAUGCAUCGAGAAGGGCUUCGACGGCCUUCAAUAUGCUAUCCCAAUCCAUUCCACCGCCACCCCCUCCUAAUGUGUCUGGGGAUAUGGGACCCCCAGCAACACCUCCGAAAAGAGAGGGCCUCCGGAGUUCUACGAGUACUCAUCCGUCGGCGCCUUCUUCGGAUGCGUCGUCAUCAGCCGCAAGGAAACCCAACGGACUCGGCCUCAAACGGACCCCGAGCACGAACGACGAUGACGAAGAGGUCGGGCGUGACGAUAAGAGCUAUUCGUAUUCUGGGCGCAAGGUUUCAGGCUCGAAGAAACCUGCUGACCCUAGUCUGAGCAUUUUAUCCGGGAUUAAGGUCUACGUCGACGUACGAGAUUCUAAUGGUAUUGACUGUGGAGAUGUCUUCACUGACAUGCUGAAGCGCUUGGGAGCGAAGGUGAUGAAAAACUUCGGAUCCACGUGCACGCAUCUCGUCUUCAAGGACGGGACGGUUGGUACACUAAAUCGGUAUAGACAACUGGAGAAUAAACCUUUCGUUGUUGGUUUGCAAUGGAUUGUGGAGUGUGCCGAGAAGCUCUUACACCUCGACGAGACCCAGUACGCCAUCAGCCUAGAGGGCGUAAAUAUCGCUGGUGUCAACAAACGUGCGAGAAAGUCGAUGAUCCCUAAACCCAUUGCAUCUACGCGAUCAGACGACCUCUUCUCGGAUUCUCUCGUUGCAGACAGUUCAGUCGACGAGUCCAAUUCAUCCUUCUCGAUCGAUAGUUCAUUAAAACCACUUGAAAUUGCACGAAGACGCCAGAGCACAGUAGCGACAUCUCGUUCCUGAUUAAUUAAUCUAUGAUGACUUUCACGACUACAUGCACAUUAACGCUGACAUAUCACUAUUACAUCGUUCUUUUAUCGUAUAUUUACCCUUUGGAUUUGUCGCACCCUUUCUCGUACGGUGCUGUUGCUAAAUUUGCUAUGUAUCCUAAUUAUC